UAACAAUACUGAAAUCCGCAACACGCGAACACGAUUCAACUAUGAGUUUCACUUUGCGAUUUGUCUGCCACCUGGUGGCACAAAUGCCAGCCAAGACCGGUGAAUGCUCAAGUUUUAGCGAUUUUGAUCUUAGACUCUUAUCAGCCGCUUUCUAAAAGAAUAAAAAUUUUAAGAGAUAAAAGUGUCGAUUAAUCAACCACUGUAUACACAAGAUGUAAAAUUUCCACCGGUUUAUACUCUCUAGACCGGGAAAGCGAUAAAGUGCCAACAUAACCUCAUAGUAAUUAUUAAAAAUAAAUGUAAAUAUUGGCCUCUUAUCAAUCGAAAAACACUUGUUUUGUAUCAAUAUGACGUCAUACGGUAAAGCUGAGACUGAUCGACUUCGGAAAAAUUUAGAAGAGCAGCUGGACAGGCUCGUACAACAAUUGGAGGAUUUGGAAAAUUGCAGAGAUGAAUUGGACGCUUCCGAGUAUGAAGAAACUAAAAAUGAAACGAUGGAUCAGCUCAGAGAGUUUAACGAAAGUUUGCAAAGACUUAUUUCCGGGGACGUGACUCUUGUCGAUCAACUGGGAGCAAUGCAAUUGGCAACGCAAGCAGCAAUUAGUGCAGCUUUCAAAACUCCAGCAGUAAUAAGAAUGUUUGGCAAACGAGAACCCGAAAGUUUGCGAAAUCGUCUCGUAGAAAUCGAUCGAGAUUUGAAGCUUGGAAAAUUAAGUAAAGACGCGAAUGAAAGGCUACGAGGCGAAGUUUUGAGUGCUUUGAGGCAAUUGGGAGAAAAAUUGAACCAGUCUGAACUACAGUUAUUAGAAAAAUUGACCCUCAGCGGGGUAAUGCAGAGCAAUUUUAUUAAAAUCAGCGAAAACGUAGACGAAAGUUCCACCUCCACCGAAGACAAGGAAAUGAAAACAUAAUAAAUUAACUGUGAACUUUUUCUGGCUAUAUCGCUUAAUUUUUCACACAAAAAUUAAUCUAGUGGAACUAAAAAAGUGUCAGAAGAAAUUUCUCAUACGUCGAAAAAAUCUGAUUUUAUAUUUAAAAAAAAAAAACGUUUUUUGGUAAUUUUUCAUUUUAUCAUGAUGAAAAAUGACGACGCUACAAUCGAAAAUAUUUAAAAGUGUU